CCGAAUGAACAACGAGCAACUACAAUCCACGUCAUCAUCCCCAUCAACUCUACUAAAACCAAUUGAGAAAAAGUCGAGAUUUCUGAGACUUUACUCAUCAGAUGGACAACGUAGUACACGUAUAGAAUGUGAUGAGCACACAACUUGUGCUCAAAUAUGUCAACAAUUUUCAUGUGAUGUGAUUACUCUUCAAAUUGGUAAUUACCAUUUUCGGCAGCUAAAAUCCGACACCUCUCCACUUGCGAUUCUUCAAGAUUUCUGCCGAAUUCUAACAAUGUCCGAUGAGAAUCUGGAGACUGAAAGCACAUCGAAAGCCUUGGAAGAUAUUUUAUCAUACACUGAUUCGCCGGCAUUCCGCCAUAUUUUUAGCUUUUUUCUGGGCCGGCCAAGAAUUCGUGCGAAGAGUACAUUGAAUUUGGAUAUUCUAAGUGAAGAAGUUGUGAUACGAAAAGGAAAGCUAAUUCACACGUGGCAAAAUGCGCGAGCCGUAUUUUACAAUUCAAAUAUUCGAUUGCAAACCAAAAACAACCAAGAUGAGGCUCUUCAAAUUCGAAAUAUGAAAGUAGAUGUACAUGAGUCCAAAAGAGGAAGAGCUCUUCGACUAAAAGAUGAUGAUGUGUGUUAUCUUAUAAUCUUUCAAAGACCGAAUAUUCUAGAAGCAUGGCUUACACGGGCUCAACAAGUGGAGAAGAGUAACCACGUGGAUGCAAGUGACGAGCAAUUGACAUUAAUACCUGAACAGAUUUUGAAUAAUGAAGCGAGAGUUCAAAUUUUGAAUUUAAGAAGAAACUCGCUGAUUUCUAGGCCACCAACUGAAAAGUCAAUGGCUCCACUUGGCUACAUAGAUGACCUAUACCGUGUCCAUUCUCUACAAGUAAUCGAUUUAUCUGCCAAUCAAAUUCUCUCAUUUCCAAUUCAAUUAACACUUUUAUCACAUCUCCGACAACUUAAUCUAUCAUCUAACUACAUAUCAUCAGUCCCAAGUGAAUGCUCAAAUAUGCGACGUUUACAAUAUUUAAACUUAUCGAAUAAUCAAUUAGACACUCUACCAGAUUCAAUUAGUGAACUUCAAAACUUGCAGAGUUUGGAUAUUAGUUUCAAUCAAUUCUCACAGAUUCCACCCUGCCUUUUCCACCUUACUCUCGAAAUGUGGAGGCUUGCUGGAAACAAUAUAGAGAAGAUCGAUAGAGUCGGAGAAAUGCAAAUUCAAAAAAUCGAUCUUCGAAGAAACGUGCUUGACACCUCAUUUCGACUUGAUAUCGAAAAUAUAACACAUUUGGAUUUGAGAGAUAAUUCUAUGAUUUCUACAGUUCAUCUCACGAAUUUGAGGUUUUUGAAAGUAAUUCAUUGCGAACGUCUCCAAUUGUCAAGUCUACAUUUGAGUGGAGAAAGUUUGACUCAUGUAUAUGCAGAUCAUAAUUUACUUGAUUCCCUGGUCGUGAUGCCUCUUCCACAAAACCUACAAACUCUUUCACUUUCUUUCAAUCACUUUCGAAAUCUGCCAGAUUGGAUAUCAGAUUGCCCGAAUUUGACAUUUCUCCGAGCAAAUAAUAAUAGCCUUGUGGCACUGCCAGAGAGAAUAUUCUACUCCCAAUCUCUUCGUUCAAUAUUUGCAUUUAUCAAUGAAAUCGAACAUAUUCCGGAUUUUGGAGAAGAAAAUUGUCUAGAAACAUUAAUACUUUAUAAGAAUAAACUGUCCUCACUUCCCAAACAUUUCUUCAGUAUAUUGCCAAGAUUACGACAGCUCAAUAUUUCAUCGAAUUUUAUAGAAUUAUUGCCAUAUUUUGAUGGUUCAUCGUUUUGCAGACUACAAAUCCUACGUUGCGCCAACAACUAUUUAACAGAGAACAGUGUGCCAGUGAUUGUAAAUAUGAAACAUUUAAAAAUAAUUGAUCUCAGUCAUAAUCGAUUAAAUUCUUUCGAUGACAGUGCUCUCAGCUCUUUGGAGCUUCUGGAAGAUCUCAAUUUAAGUUCAAACCGCCUGACAAGACUUGCUGAUUGUUUGGCUCUUUUGCCAUGUUUACAAGUGCUCAGAGCUCAUUCAAAUCAACUUGUUCAUGUUCCAGAAUUUCGAGCAUCUAAUCAGUUACAUACAAUAGAUGUCUCAUCGAAUAACAUCUCACUUGGAACUCUCCAAUUCAAAGCUCCGCCAAAUUUACGCCAUUUCGAUGUGACGUGUAACUCUGGAGAUUUCGAUACGGAAAACUUCCCGGAAAACGCAAAAAUGCAUUCAAAAAUGAAUACGAUAAAUAUUUCCGAAGGGUCACAAAAUCUCUUUGGCUUUCAAAUUGGAGUCUCAGGCAGUCGAGGAAUGAAAAAUAAACAAUGUAUCCGACAAGUUCGAGUUGAAAACACAUUUGGAUUUAUCGAUGGAGGAUCCAAUUCCUAUAUGUCAUCGUCGAUUUGCAGGUUCAUGACUAGUUAUUUGAAAGAGAAUGUAUCGAUGGAUAUUCGAUCGAUACUCUUGAGAUGUCAUUGUGAACUUGGAGAAGAGGGAGAACGAUUGGGAGCUAGUGUAAUGAUAAUUCGUGUUCACGAAAAACGACUGGAGAUUGCGUCAACUGGAACAAUGAGUGCAGCGAUUGCAAGAAACCAGAAAUUGAAAAUGAUAAUAAAUGGACGGUAUGAAAUCGAUGAUGACGAAUAUUCUCGAAUACGUGAAGCCCAUGGAUUCGUUGAUGAAGAAAAUCGAAUAAAUGGAGUAAUUGGAUCAUCCCGUCAAAUUGGACAUUUUUCUACUUUUCCUGUUGUUUUACCAACUCAUUCCUAUCGAAAUAUUCAAUUAAAUGAACAAAUUGAGGGAUUAAUAGUUGGAAAUAAUAUGAUAUGGAAUAUGUUAUCAAUUGAUGACCUUAAUUCCACUUUUCAUAAUAAUCGUAGUCCUAUUGUGGUGGCGAAGAAGAUUCAGGACCAACUACAAUCAUAUGAUUAUGGCGGGAAUUCGAAUAUUCUCGUUCUACGACGAAUAAAACCACAAAUGACAUUUAAUGGAUUUUCAACAUCUUCUACAAAAAACCAAGUGACUCCGGAUAUUGCGAUACCCAAAAUUGACGAACAAUUAGUGCUAGCUGUUCCUGCCCUAAUACUUCCGGAAUAUCAUCCAUCUCCUCCAGUUCCACCACCAAUUCCAGCAAUUCGUCAUCGUACUCCAUCUCCACCACCACCACCACUUCCAUCAUCAACACCUCCACCAGUUUCUUCAGAACAUGAAGAGAUUAAUGUUCGUCAGAGUUCAACACUUUCUGGAGGAUAUACGUUAUCGAUUGAUAGAUUUUACAGUAGUAGUAGUACUGUAUCCUCGAGAAAACAGUUCAAUGAGACACGAGAUUUGUUGAGCAAGUCACUGAAAUUGAGCCCUCCUAAUACGGUUACUUUUAAUAUUUAAUAUUUGAUUUUUUGUUAAAUAAAAAUUUCUAGUUUCGCUAUGA